AUGGGCAUUUGGUUCCCAAACAAAUCCAUAUGUGAUAUCUUUGAUGUCUAUCUAUAUAUCUAUCUGUUCACAUAUCAUCUAUCUAUUUAUCUAUCUAUCCUAUCUAUCCCAGGCUUUUUCACAUUCAUCUAUCUAUCCAUCUAUCCAUCACAUUCUGAAUCAUAUAUCUAUCUAUCUAUCUAUCUAUCUAUCUAUCCAUCAUCUAUCUAUCUAUCCAUCUAUUCUGUUCCAUCCCUCAGCCAGUUCAUUAUCCAUCUAUCCAUUAUCUAUCUAUCUAUCUAUCAUCUAUCUAAUUAUUCAUCCAUCUCCAUCUCAGCCAUUCUCCGGAAUCUCGAAUCUAUCUGUCCUAUCCAUCUGAUCUAUCUAUCUAAUUAUGUUUCCAUCUAUCUCAUUAUUUUCCCAUCCAUAUCAUCCAUCUAUCUAUCCAUCUAUCUAUCUAUCCAUCUAAUUUAUCCAUCCAUUCUGUUUCCAUCUAUCUUAGCCAGUUCUAUAUCCAGAAUCCAUCUAUCUAUCUAUCCAUCUAUCUAUCUAUCUAUCCAUCUAUCAUCUAUCCUCAUUCUGUGUUUCCAUCUAUCUCAGCCAGUUCAUUUCCAUCUAUCUAUCUAUCCUAUCUAUCUAUCUAUCUAUCUAUCUAUCUAUCUAUCUAUCUAUCUCAUUUCUUUCUAUCUAUCUAUCUAG